AUGGGAUUUACACCCGACAUCGCCGAGGGCUCGCCCUUCACACUGGCAAACAUUCCCUUCGGCGUGUUCUCGACGGCUGCCGUUCUGCGGACAUCUUGCGCAACUGCCAUCGGCGACUACGCGCUUGACCUUCGUAAAUUGAGCGAGAAAGGCAUUUUCAAAGACAGGCAGGUCAGCGAGGCAUUCGGCCAUCAUGAUCUCAGCAUCUUCGCCGCUCUCCCUCGAACCGUACGAACAGCUGCUCGGCAGCAGAUCAUCGACGCGGUCAAGAGCGGAUCAGUCGACGAGAAGUACUUCGUCCCGCUCAAGGACGUGAAAAUGCACCUCCCCAUGGAGUGCAAAGGCUACACCGAUUUCUUCUGCUCCUGGGAACACUGCAACAACUGUGCCCCCAUGGCCGCGGGCAAGAUCCCCGACAACUUCUUCAACGCGCCCUCCGCCUACAACGGCCGCGCCUCCAGCGUCAUCCCAUCGCCGCACAAGAUCCACCGACCCAGAGGCACCUACUGGUCCCCAUCGCCCACAGACCCCAACAAGAAGGCCAUCCACGCGCCCUCUCGCGCCGUCGACUACGAGCUCGAAAUGGGCGUCAUCAUCUCAAAACCCCUCCCCUACGGCUCAACCCUCCCCUCCGCCUCCGCCGCCGCCGACCACAUCUUCGGCCUCGUCCUACUGAACGACUGGUCAGCGCGCGACAUCCAGUUCUUCGAGCUGCCUCCUUUGGGCCCCUUCAACUCCAAGGCCUUCGGCACGACCGUGUCGCCGUGGGUCGUCACGCUCGACGCGCUCGCGCCCUUCGCCACGACGCCCAAGCACGCGCAGACGCUAGCCUCGCCGCUGGACUACCUGCGCCACGACGAGAGCCACGCCGCGUCCGCGACCUUCGACAUCAAGCUGUCGGCGCACCUGCAGCGCGAUGGUGCUCGUCACAGCCUCUGCACCAGCAACCUCAAGUACCUGCUCUGGACCCCCUUCCAGCAGCUGGCCCAGCAGGCGUCGUCGGCGUGCGGCAUGCGCACCGGCGACGUCAUCGGCACCGGCACCGUGUCCGGCGACGCAAAGGACCCGCAGACGGGCGAGAAGGUCGAGCUGGCCUGCCUCUUCGAGGCGACGCUGAACGGCACGAAGCCGUAUCGCUUCCCCGCGGCCGCCGCCGGCGGGAAGGAAGUGCAGCUGACGUACCUGGAGGACGGCGACGCGAUCGUGCUGGACGCGAAGUGCAUCGAUGCCGAAGGCAGGACGGUGCUAGGGUUUGGAGAGUGUGUGGGGGAGCUGCUGCCGCCGGUGGGUUGA